CUACAAAACAGACUUUAAGAUCAGCCUACAUUACCCACAAGCCAGCGCGCCGCAUCCAGUUCCGGGUCGUUGACCGUCCGCCUGUCAGCAGGAGGAAGCUUGAUGCGGUGUGGAUGUGGAGGUAGUGUCCGUGGAGCGCUGUGAUGCCCCUGGAGGUCAGAUGGCCAUUCCCACAGUGCCCUCCUCUGGCAUGGAGGGUCUCCAGCUCACUCAUCAUGGGCAUGGUGGGCUCCUAUUCCUACUUCUGGACCAAGUACAUGAACUACUUGACGGUCCAUAACCGCGAGGUUCUGUGGGACCUGAUUGACCGGAGGCCCUCUGACACGCCCCUCAUCACGCUGUCCAAUCACCAGUCUUGUAUGGAUGACCCGCACAUCUGGGGUGUGCUCAAAUUCAGACAUCUGUGGAGCUUCAACAGGAUGCGGUGGACUCCGGCUGCAUCCGACAUCUGUUUCACCAAAGAGCUUCACUCCCGAUUCUUCAGCCGGGGGAAGUGUGUUCCCGUCUGCAGAGGUGACGGUGUUUAUCAGAAAGGGAUGGACUUUGUCCUGGAGAAGUUGAACAGAGGAGAAUGGGUGCACAUCUUCCCAGAAGGCAAAGUCAACAUGACUGAAGAAUUUAUACGGUUAAAAUGGGGUGUGGGUCGACUCAUAUCAGAGUGCUCCCUUAAUCCGAUUAUCCUCCCGCUCUGGCAUGUGGGUUUGACUGACGUUCUGCCAAAUAUGAAGCCCUACAUUCCUCGGACUGGCAAGAGAAUCACAGUCCUGGUGGGGAAACCGUUCAGUGUUAAAGACGUUGUUGAAUCCCUCCGAGCUGAAAACAAGAGCCAGUUGGAAAUGAGGAAGACUUUGACCGACUUUAUCCAGGGGGAGUUCCAGAGCUUGAAAGCUCAGGCCGAGGCCCUCCACGGGCAGGUACAGACCAGAUCCUGAGCCCCUCAGACUCCUCAUGACUGAUGAUCCUUUUCUCUAAGCUGAGGGUAACACCUUUACGACUGGAAGUCCACAAGACUGUUUGUUUUUUUACCUCUUAUCCGCUCAUUGUCUCUCCUUCCACAGCCAGAUGUCGAACACACAGUCACGACAACUUCACAACGUUUUGAGUGACGUUUGUUUUGUGUGGAUCAUUAUCGAGGGUCAUUUCCAUGAAUGCUGAUGCAACAGAAACUCACUAAUUGUUUUUAUUUAAUACAGUAAAAGCAUCGUUUAGUUGCUGUCUCCAAUCCACUGCCACCCAGAAAUAAAAUGGAUGCUGUGUGACCUCCAAGCUGACAGGUUCAGUAGAUGAAAGUAUCACAAGUGUUACUCCUCUGACUGUAUCUCAGUUAUUCUCCCACCAGCCUAUGCCUCAUGAUUUAUGUGCAGUGCCAAUGCAGGAAGUGCUUUAUGUAGCUGUGGAACAUGAACGUGGAUGGAGGUGUAGCACGCAGCAGACUAGAUUUAACGUUAUUUACCGUAACACGAACAUUUAAGUUAUAAUUCUUGAGAUUUCAGUUUCCUUUUGGUCAUCAGUGAAAACAGGAUGUGCGGUUUGAUAUCAGGAACACAACAGACGAGCAGCUGGUGUAUCUGUUUACAGCGCAGCCAAACAAUCUCAGGUUGUUUUAAUAAAGACAUUCAUUUAUUUAUUUUUGCCAUCGACAAGCGCCCCCUGAUUUCAUGCUGUACGCGGCACAAGUAAAGCAAACAACUGCAGGUGAAAGGUGUAGAUACCGUGUUGAGGUCUUCAUCGCUCCGUCUGCCUCCAAUACAUUUAACAAAGACUAUUUUGAUGAACGAUCUCCGUCCGCACUCACCGCGCUGGCAGAUGCAUUGUGUUUCCUUUGGCUGCUUCACAAUAAAAGCCACAGAUUGAAUGCUUUUAUUUAAAAAAAACUCCUGACCAGAAAUUGCAAAAAAAAAAUCAGGCAGGUAAUCUUUAAGAUUAUAACUUAAGCCAAGUGUUUUAUUU